AUGGCGCGAUCCCGCCUGUUCGACUUGAAGGAGCAGUUUGUCUUCUACGCAUCCUACCACACCAACCUCACGAACGUCCUCAUCCACGUCGCCUGCGUCCCAACCAUCCUCUUCACGGCGCUCAUCCUCACCCAUGGCAUCCCAGGAGCGAGCAAGAGCUUCGCGACCGUGCCGCUCGACAUCCUCGGCCACCACUUCCACCUCGACUUGACCUUCCCGUUCCUCUGGGUCGCCGGAAACGCUGUUUACUUCAUCUCGCUCGAGCCGGUGGCAGGGCUCCUCUACGCGCCCAUCUUGCUCACAAUGGGCCAUCUCUCCAACGUUCUCUACUCGACGCACCACGACGAAGCGAUGAAGUUGGCUGGCUACGCAUUUGUCGGAAGCUGGAUCGCGCAGUUCGUCGGGCAUGGCAAGUUUGAAGGCCGCGCCCCCGCACUGCUCGACUCGCUCCUCCAGUCGCUCGUCCUCGCCGUCUUCUUCGUCUGGCUCGAAGUCCUCUUCUUCCUCGGCUACCGCCCGGCGCUGUACAAGGACCUCCAGCGCAGGACGGGCGUCGCGGUCGCCGAGUACAGGAAGCAGCGGGCGCAGCAGGAGAGGGAUCAGGGGAAGAAGAAGGCGUGA